UCGUGUCAUAUAGUAUUCGUACGAGCAUUAUAUAUUGAGUCCACCCCAAAUUUUCUCGAGCCGCCCCCCCUGCCGAGCGUUGACAUGGAGCUGCAGUCGUCGUAUCCUCCUCCGUUUCGCCGCCCGAGCGGCCCGGCCCCGGCCGUCGACCCCGACGAGGGCUCCCGGACGACGAACCAGAUCCAGGAGCAGGACCCGAUCCCGGUCGUGGAUCUCCAGCGCCUGGACGUGGAGGGCGAGCGGCUCGGGGAGGCGUGCCGGGCGUGGGGGAUAUUCCGGGUGGUCAACCACGGGGUCCCUCUCGAUCUGCUGACCCGGCUCAGGGACCGCGCGAGGAGGCUCUUCGCGCUCCCCUUCGAGUCCAAGCAGGCCCUGCUCGUGGCCCCGCUGUCCUACUUCUGGGGCACCCCGGUCCUGACACCGUCCGGGUCGGCCCUCCUGGGAGGCGCGCAGGGCGUGAACUGGGUGGAGGGCCUGAACGUCCCGCUCGCUCAGCUCUCGCUGUUGGGAGACGGCGGCGGCGGCGGCGGCGGCGGCGGCGAUGAUGAUGAUGAGGUGGUGACCGCGGUGGCGAGUUUGAGGAAUCUUCUACAAGAAUACGGAGUUCACUUAGCAAGAAUCGCUAAGCUCUUAUUUCAAGCCAUGGCUGAAGACCUUAGACUUGAUCCAGCACACUCAAAGAGUUACCUAUCGGAGUCGACGGGAUUUGUACGCUUGUACCGCUACCCACAUUGCUCGAAAGCCAGCAGCGACAUGUCCGGUAUGGAAGCCCACAGCGACAGCUCGGUGCUCUCCAUCCUGUGCCAGGAUGAGGUGGGUGGGCUCGAGCUCUACAAGGACGAGCAAUGGAUACAAGUACAACCUGUCCCCGAUGCUCUAAUCGUGAACGUAGGCGAUAUGUUGCAGGCUAUGAGCGACGAUGAGUACAUAAGCGUGAAGCACAGAGUGAAGGUAAAGAAACCACAGGAUCGGACCUCGGUUUGUUACUUCGUGUUCCCAGGCCAAGACAGCGUGAUCCGAAGCUCAAAGUACAGGCCUUUCACGUACGGCGACUUCCAGUCACAAGUGCAGCAAGACGUCAAGACCCUUGGGUUCAAAGUCGGGCUCCCUCGAUUCAAGCUUGAUUAAAGCUCCGCCGGUACUAAGAAUCGCACAUGUCUCGCGAGGCUCUCACGUUACAAACAGUUUUAAAAAAGAAAAAAAGACUCUGACAAGGCAAAAGAGAGAAGAAAGAAGGUGGAGAUGCGACUAAUAGCUUCGACUUGUCGGGUUAAUGUCAUAAUCAAGAGUAGAUUUUUGUUUUGGAAUCUCUCAUUCAACAUGAAUGGUUUCUAUUACUCGUUAUUGAUGGAAGGGAUCUGGUCAUAUAAUCGUUUAUCA